UUUUGUGAGUGUGAUCAUGCCGUAGAUUAUGCCACCAGAAGCUAUAAGCCGUUCGAAAAACGCCAGCCAAUGCCAGUAGACCACCAUUCGGCCAAUUACCAUGUGGUACCAUAUGCUAACUGUGGAGGAGUCGAUAUCAGUCAAAUUGCAUUAUACACUCAUUUGGAUACGACAAGCGUGUUCUGCAACGACGCGGUAAACUGCUAUUGGUCGUAAUAUAUACCGUGGAGUCAUACAGGCGCGGUCUCUGAUGAUCGUGGUUUAUGCUUGGACCACGGCAUGCAAGGAAACGCCACUGGUACCUGGGUCUGAGUGAAACGCUUGGUGUAUUUUGGUUCCUUGAGAAGAGACUGGUAUCUGGAGAUUUGGUGUUUUCGGUAAUAGCGAGCCACACUUUGUGAAAGGGCAUAGGCCUACGACACGUUAUAGUGAAGGAGUGUUUAACUGUAUAACUGCAACUUAAUCCCCAAUGCCUCAGACUAAAAGUGCGAACGUGACAUGCAUGCUUGAUGGUUUGCCGUCGGUGAUACUCACUCCUUACAUCGCAUUGAUACUAAAAAGUCUGGCGUUGUAGAAGGUACAAAGGUACGUUUGCAACGAACUACACGUCGCAAAUUCAGAGCCGCAUCUCGACCAUUAGCAGUCACACGCUUCGUGUGAGGCAGGUUUUACAUAUAUUGAACUGCCGACGGAUUGUGAACAAAUGUUAUUUGCAAUUCAAACAGAAACCAAAUUAGAUACAUCUGCAAACAAGAAGACUAGGGUUAAUUUCCAGUACGGAAUGUAUAGUAUGCAGUUCAAGCCCAUUUUCAACAAUUGUUUAAAAAGGAAAUUGGGACUUCAUUCACGGCUUUGGGCGCUCCAAUACGGUAGAUAGUUUCUUCCCAACCAAAAUUGAGCCAGCAUUAGCAACCCACAGCUGUCUUUUCUGCAACGACCAAUCACAUGCCAUGGAGCCAGCUGUAGUCCUGACGAUGGCACCGCCUCCUCCGCUGCUCUCCUGUUAAGCCCCACCCCCUUGGAGGCUCGGAGCAGGGUCAGAACCAUCUGAUAGCCAUGCAGCUGCUGGCAGCGAACACACUCAUGCAGUACGUGAUAAUGUUGACUGUAGCAUCCCAUACCGGAGUGCUCCUUGGAACUGCAGACGCGAGAAGUACGCGGCAACCUGGGGACUCAACAACCGACAGCAAACAAUGGGACGCAGUUCAAACAACACCAUCUGGAGAAACAUCCGUCCCUCAAGAAAGUGUACAGCCUUUGGAUCAGCGAGUCGAUGGCGGUUGUGCAAACUCCAGCAACGCGAGAUCGAACGGAACACGGCAGAGUAACCCUGAUGGUCAACAGACGGACACCAACAGUGGUGACGUCACUAACGACGCCACACGUGACCACAGGUUCGGCAGGAACACGCUGACUGCCGAGAAUUUGGCAGACGUCAGGCCACCAGACCAGUUCCGGCUGAUUGAGUGGACAGUGUUCAGCGACUGGCGGGUCCUCGUCGGGCUUGGCACGUUCGAGGUCGUCGUCUACAUCGUCACGGUUACCGUCGUCAUGGUGCUGCAUUCCCGCCAGAAAAAUCAAGUCGGGAGUUUCCGUGAUGGCGCCCUCACCUCAAAGUACCAGUUUACUUUGUGAACUCGGGCGAUGUAUUCACAUUAGGUGGUCUACAGUGGCGUUUAUUUGAUACGACUUAAAUGAACUGGAUCAACUUUGAAUGAGAACGAGAAACUAUGACAACUGCGGGAUGUAACCCUUCUAUCGCAAAUACACUGUUUAGACUUCUGCGGAACU